AUGGGUUGCACAGUGAGCACACAAGCACUGGAUGACGAAAGUGAUCCGUUUCUACAGAAUAAAAGAGCCAAUGAUGCUAUUGAGCAAUCAUUGCAAUUAGAGAAACAGCGUGAUAAAAAUGAAAUAAAACUGUUACUGUUAGGUGCUGGUGAAUCGGGUAAAUCGACAGUUCUGAAACAGUUGAAGCUGUUGCAUCAAGGCGGUUUCUCCCAUCAAGAAAGAUUACAGUACGCUCAAGUGAUAUGGGCAGAUGCUAUACAAUCAAUGAAAAUUCUGAUUAUUCAGGCAAGAAAAUUGGGUAUCCAACUAGAUUGUGAUGAUCCAGUCAAUAACAAAGAUUUAUUUGCAUGUAAAAGAAUAUUGUUGAAAGCUAAAGCUUUAGAUUAUAUUAACGCCAGCGUUGCUGGAGGUUCUGAAUUUUUGAAUGAUUAUGUACUGAAAUAUUCUGAAAGGCACGAAACCAAGAGGCGUGUUCAAAGUACUGGAAGAGCAAAAGCAGCUUUCGAUGAGGACGGAAAUAUUGCUAAUAAAAGGAGCGAUAUUGCGAACGGUGAUGAUACAGUGGCAGGUAGCGAUGAAGACAAUAAAAACAGUAGUAGUAGGCUCAAUCUACAGGACAUUUGUAAAGAUUUGAAUCAAGAAGGCGAUGAACGGAUGUUUGUUAAAAAAACGUCAAGAGAAAGUCAAUUGCAAAACAAAGGGAAUUUUAUUCACGAGGACAUCGCUAAGGCCAUAAAGCAACUUUGGAGUAAUGACAAAGGUAUUAAACAGUGUUUCGCACGUUCCAACGAAUUUCAGUUAGAAGGAUCGGCAGCGUAUUAUUUCGAUAAUAUUGAGAAAUUUGCUAGCCCGAAUUAUGUCUGUACAGACGAGGACAUCUUAAAGGGCCGUAUAAAGACUACGGGUAUUACAGAAACUGAAUUCAACAUUGGUUCUUCCAAAUUCAAAGUUCUUGAUGCUGGUGGACAGCGUUCUGAACGUAAAAAGUGGAUUCACUGUUUUGAAGGAAUUACUGCAGUUCUAUUUGUCUUAGCGAUGAGUGAGUAUGACCAAAUGCUGUUUGAAGAUGAAAGAGUCAACAGAAUGCAUGAAUCAAUAAUGUUAUUCGACACAUUAUUGAAUUCCAAGUGGUUUAAAGAUACACCAUUCAUCCUAUUUUUAAACAAGAUUGAUCUAUUCGAAGAAAAAGUGAAAAGCAUGCCCAUAAGAAAAUACUUCCCUGACUAUCAAGGUCGUGUUGGCGAUGCAGAAGCGGGCUUGAAAUAUUUUGAAAAGAUAUUCUUAAGCUUGAAUAAGACAAAUAAACCAAUUUAUGUGAAACGAACAUGUGCUACCGAUACCCAAACCAUGAAAUUCGUUUUGAGCGCCGUCACUGAUCUGAUAAUUCAGCAGAAUUUAAAGAAGAGUGGUAUUAUAUGA